GUUGAGGGCGCUUUGCUACGUGCUGUUAAUGCCAGGUUUGCUCGAAGCAACAUCUUUAAUGAAAGUAAAGAAUCCUGCAGUUAACAUUGACUCUACUAAGGCUCAUGAUUUCCUGACUAACUCUCGACCUAAGAGAAACAUUGACCCAAAGUGGUACCGAGGCGCUCCUGAUUUCCAGUCCUACUACCGCUUCUAUAACAGUAUUGGACACAUUGAAGGACUCUAUGAGAUCGACAGGAUCAGGAUGUUGUAUCAGCAGAUGCGUCAUUUGGAGCUGACCUAUGGCCCAGAUGCCUCCAGUUACCAAAGUGUCAUGGGUGUGCUCACAAGCACUGCAGCACCAACUACAACCACUCAGCCCCCCACCACCCCUGCUCCUACACCAGACCCUCUGGAGAACGCACCAAGGUUCUAUCUGUGUAACCCCAGAGACCCACUGUGCAAACCUAAGAUCGUCUACCUUCCAACAGGGGCUGUUCCAGUACUGUGUGACCCACGAGUCAACCCCGCCUGCAUGCCCAAAACAGAGGCGGAGAUAAAAGCCACUGCUCCUCCCCAACCACCUCCAGCUCCUCCUGCUCCCAAAAAAUCUGCCCCACUUCCCCCUCCUGCUCCUAAAGCAAUGGAGUACGACUGUGACCCAUACUGGGACCCUGACUGCCUCAUUGAUCACCCUCCCCGCCCCAUCCAGGAAACAUCAGCACCAGAGGCACCUGCUGAGGAGAAAAUGGAGAAAGAAGAAGUAGCAGUUGUUGAGGAAAUUGUCCCUGCAACACCAGCCUCCAAGAAACCCCUCCACCCUUACUAUGACCCUUAUGAUUUUAAACGGGACCUUUAUGACCCCUUUCGUUAUGCCAACCCAGCUCCACAGUAA